GUCCUAGCAGACGACUGACAGGAUGCCGUUGGCAAAUGUAUUGGGAAAUGUUAAAAGCGGUAAAAGCGCUUUUUUUCUAUGCGAUAUGCAGGAAAGAUUUCGACCUGCCAUAAAGCAUUUUGCUGAUAUUCUGGAAGUGUCAAAUCGUCUGGUUGCUGGGGCUAAAAUUCUCAAAAUACCUUUAGUUGUGACAGAACAAUAUCCUAAAGGCUUAGGUAAAACUGUAGAUGAGUUGAAAGAAGCUACCGAUAUUGCUGUUGGUGUAUUUCAGAAGACGAAAUUCAGUAUGCUGACUCCGGAAGUGGAACAUAAACUACCAGAUUUGUGCGAUGGAGCUUUGAAACAUGUUAUUGUAUUUGGUGUGGAGACACAUGUUUGUGUACAACAAACAGUUAUUGAUCUGCUCCAAAAAAACUACGAAGUUUACGUUGUAGCCGAUGCUACUUCUAGCCGAAGUUUGGUUGACAGAAAAUACGCGUUAGAGAGAAUUCGACAAGCUGGAGCUGUAGUAACGACAGCCGAAUCGCUUCUGCUACAAUUGGUCGGAGAUAAAGAACAUCCUUCCUUUAAAGAAAUACAACAACUAAUUAGAUCGUCUGCUCCUCAGUCUGGCUUGUAG